AUGUUAAAAAAAUUAAAAGAAAUAAAAAAUGGUAAUAUAAAAUCAAAUCGUAUAUUAAUUGUUGGUACUAAUCCAUUAAUGUGUAGUAAUUUAUUACAACAAUUUAUUAAUUUAUAUGAUUACAAAUUUUUUGUAAUUCCUAUCAAUUCUAAUAUUAAAACUAAUAAUACUAAUAACUCCAAUAAAAAACAAAUCAAUGGAUUGGAUAAACAAGUGGAUGGAGUGGAUACACAAUUGGAUACACAAUUGGAUACACAAUUGGAUGGAGGAUCGGAUAGAGGAUUAGAUAAACAAGUGGAUCAACAAUUGGAUGUAUUAGUGGAUAUAAAAAUACCUAUAGAAUGUAUAAUAGCAGAAAGUCGUUGUAGAAAUAUAUAUAAAGAAGAUAAAUAUAUAAUAAAAGGAGUUGAUUAUGUAAUUUAUGUAUUUGAUAUAAAAGAUGAUUUAAUAAUUUUGGAUAAAUUUUUUAAAAUUAAUAAAGAAUUUGGAUCAAUUAAAAUAUUAAUAGUAAUAGGUCAAAAUGAAGAAUUUAAAUCAUUAAUACAGGAAUCUAAUAUUGAAUUAUCACAACUUCAAAUCACAUGUAUAUUAUUCAAUCAAUCUUCAAAUUUCACACAAAACUUUAUAAAACAAAUUUUUCACAUAAUUUUUAAAAAUUUAAUUUAA